AUGACAGAGGCAGCACGCGUCGCCUUGCUGAAGCCUCUCGUUGACCCCCAAAGCGCCUAUUAUUCGGCACACAAUGUGAAAAACAUUAGGAAGAUAAUCGAGCUCUAUGAAAAUGGGCAGCUCACCCUAGAUGAUCACAUAACUGUGCAAGAUGGGGAGGUCGUAACUCCAGAGGAGGCUGAAGCAACUCGCAAGCCAGCUGUUCGCGAAGCAUUCAACCAAACAAAGCAACACCAACAACUUCUUGUGAAAGCUUCUUAUGAUAAUGGCCAGCUUGAAGUGUGCUCCCAUGAGGAGUUUCCAUCUAAGCUUUGGUCCGGCUAUUAG